CUUUCUCUCUUUGUAUCUCUUUUUCUCUCUCAUGGUGAUGGUAUCAUCUCCGCCACAAUUUUUAUCGGAGGACCGCCGGUGAUCGGUGUUUUUCUCCGUCUCCUCAACAUUUUGAUUCUUUCGGUAUCCAUAUUUUUCUUCAUUUAUAUAUAUAUAUAUAUAUAUGUAUAUCCUUGUUGUUCUUGCAAAGUUUAGCUCUGAUAUUCUGCGUUGUAGAUCCGUGUUCUACUUUUUCGUUUAAAUUCAUAUGGAUCGGGUUACUUAUGGAUCCGUUUAGAUCUUCUUGUAGAUUUUGGUGAAUGACCUUUUGUGGUGAUAACUAGUAAGCAGACUUUUCUUGGAAAUGGCUUCCGUGGGCUUAGCACCUACAUCGGGUUUGAGAGAAUCCAGUGGCCAUAAUGCUGGGGUAGAUAGGUUGCCUGAGGAGAUGAAUGACAUGAGAAUCAGGGAUGAUAAGGAAAUGGAAGCAGCAAUUGUUGACGGUAAUGGGACUGAGACAGGCCACAUAAUAGUGACAACUAUUGGUGGUAGAAAUGGCCAGCCAAAGCAGACUAUUAGUUACAUGGCUGAACGUGUUGUUGGACAAGGAUCCUUUGGGGUGGUGUUUCAGGCAAAAUGCUUAGAGACUGGUGAAACUGUUGCUAUUAAAAAGGUUCUUCAAGAUAAAAGAUAUAAGAACCGAGAAUUGCAGACAAUGCGCCUUCUUGACCACCCUAAUGUUGUGUCUCUCAAACACUGCUUCUUUUCCACAACUGACAAGGAUGAACUGUAUCUUAACUUGGUUCUUGAGUAUGUACCUGAAACCGUUCACCGUGUUAUCAAACACUACAAUAAGCUGAAUCAAAGGAUGCCGUUGAUACUUGUGAAGCUUUAUACAUAUCAGAUUUUCAGGGCAUUGUCUUACAUACACCGCACUAUUGGAGUGUGCCACAGGGACAUUAAACCUCAGAAUCUUUUGGUGAAUCCACAUACCCACCAGGUUAAAUUAUGCGAUUUUGGGAGUGCCAAAGUUCUGGUUAAAGGAGAACCAAAUAUUUCUUACAUCUGUUCUAGGUAUUAUCGAGCACCUGAGCUCAUAUUUGGUGCAACAGAGUACACUACUGCUAUAGAUGUUUGGUCUGCUGGCUGUGUCCUAGCUGAGCUACUUCUUGGUCAGCCAUUAUUUCCAGGUGAAAGUGGAGUUGAUCAGCUUGUUGAGAUCAUUAAGGUUUUAGGCACUCCUACAAGGGAAGAAAUUAAAUGUAUGAAUCCCAACUAUAAUGAGUUCAAAUUUCCUCAAAUUAAAGCUCAUCCAUGGCACAAGAUAUUUCAUAAGCGCAUGCCUCCAGAAGCAGUUGAUCUGGUCUCAAGACUGCUUCAGUACUCUCCUAACUUGCGCUGUGCUGCUUUGGAUGCCUUGGUUCACCCAUUUUUUGACGAGCUUCGUGAUCCCAAUACACGCUUGCCUAAUGGACGCUUUCUUCCUCCCUUGUUUAACUUCAAGGCUCAUGAGUUGAAGAAUGUGCAUGCAGAGAUAUUACUGAAGUUGGUUCCAGAGCACGCCAGAAAACAGUGCCCUUCCCUUGGGUUAUGAGUUCCUGCCUUGUGAUAGAAAUAAUUUAAGUGUACCCUUUGAAGCUGUGUUUCUUCUCUGUAUCAAUUUGUUCCUUCUUUCCCUUAUCUUACCAUGUCUCUGUUGUCCCUUUGUAUUAUUAUUAUUAUAUCUUGUUUUGUAAAAGCAGAUGUAGGGAAUUGAUCUUUAACAAAUACCCGAUGUUCAACCUGUGUUCCUUUUUACCCUGUUCCGAUAUAUCCUAUGCUUGUAACAUUAUGUGGUUGAGAAUUAACAAUUUGAGUGAACGUUAUUAUUAUGGGAUUGCAAAUUAAUGAUAGGGUGACUGUUGAUAUGG